AUGCCGACUCUCGAUGUUAGUGAGCUCAACAUUGUGCUUGCAGCGCUGGGCGCCUUUGUUAUUCUCUAUGGCAUUAUAUCGGUCAAGAUCAGACAGUCAUGGUAUCUGGGCAUCGCCCUCCCGGCAGUGGUAGUCGGAAUCAUACUCGGGCCCGUGGCUGCCAAGUUCAUCGAAGCCGAUAAAUGGGGUGCCGGUCAUGAGGGUCAAACGCGGAGCAUCACACUGGGCGUUACUAGAGUCAUGAUCGGUCCCCAACUUGUCAUGGCAGGCUAUCAACUCCCCGCUCGAUACUGCCUCACCCGCUGGCGGGAGAUGGCACUCUGUCUGCUACCGAUAAUGACCAUGAUGUGGAUCUGCACGACACUCUGCGUUAUAGCAACUGUGCCUAAAGUUAAGGUUCUUUCGGCUUUGGUUAUUGCGUCCUGCGUUGCGUGUACCGAUCCAGUCCUCUCACAGGCUAUUGCCAAGGGUCCAUUUGCGGACAAGUUCGUGGCGCGUCCCCUGAGAGAGAUCAUCUCGGCAGAGGCCGGAGCGAACGAUGGGUUCGGGUUCCCGUUCUUGAUGCUAGCAGUGUACAUCAUGCGCUGCACUGGAGGGGGAAGAGUAGAAGAACGGGCCAACGACACGGAGGUGUUGCUCUCUCGGACAAAAGAAUCGGAUAUGGGCAUCGGAGUGGCCCUCAAAGAGUGGUUUCUCGAAACCUGGCUAUACAUGAUGAUUCUAUCUGUGGUAUAUGGGAUCGCGGUUGGAUAUAUCUCUCGGAAGAGUAUUGACUUCUGCUUGAAACGGAAAUGGAUCGACAACGAAUCCUUUCUCCUCCUCCCUACAGCAAUAGGACUAUUCAUUGUCGGAACGUGCGGAGCCAUCGGCACCGACGACUCGUUGGCCUGUUUCGUGGCAGGCUGCGCCCUCAACUGGAACGGACACUAUCUCACCGAAUCACAACGGCGUUACGACGAAGUCAACACAAGUAUACAAAUGCUUCUCAACUUUGGAGGCUUCUUCUAUAUCGGCACGGUAUUGCCUUGGUCUGCCUUCCAAGACCCUGGAGGCACGGGACUCACCUAUGGCCGACUCUUUUGUCUCGGCUUUAUGGUGCUAUUUCUGCGACGGAUCCCAGCUAUGCUCGUGGUGUACAAGUUGAUGCCAAAAGUUUGCAAGAACUACAAGGAAGCGCUAUUCAUGGGCUACUUUGGACCGAUCGGAGCUGGCGCCGUCUUUUACAUCGAAUACGCUCGAGAAGUCUUGCCUGAGUUCGGCGAGGGAAACACAGAAGAGACAGACCUGGUACUGGCGAUUGGUCCUGUCGUCUACUGGCUCGUCUUAUUCUCCAUCGUUGUUCACGGACUAUCUAUCCCGGCUCUUGAUGCCAUCUACACCUUUUGCGGAGUCAAGCCCAUUCACGAUGACGCAGUCGAGAUUAGGAGGUGCUCUCGCCUGUCAGCAACGCCGGUGAAUGGGACACCACUUGGACGAGACUCUUUUCUUUUGUUUAAUCGGUUUAGUAGGCCGACCAUGGAAGAGGAAGGGUUACCAGUGAUCGAAGCUGCUUCUACCAGAGGGUCUUCGACUGAGAUCGCUACGGACAGUGAUGAGGAGCGCAAGAGUUCGGAUUCAAGGGAUCGUGAGCGUAGAGUUCUUUAA